AUGACGACGAAGGAAUCUUAUCCAAGAAAAGGAAUGAUUCAAGACUAUCUCCAUCUAAAGAAUAGAGAAGGCCUUGAGUUGGAAACCGUGGAGUGGAAUUUGCGACUAAGCCAAUUGCUUGUGGCAGGAGGUGGAAUGUAUGUGGAAGUGUUCAACAGAGGAGUGAUUCCGUUGGCUUACAGCAGAAGAAAGAAGAACAAAGCUGGAGAAACCAACACUUAUUUGGAUGAGAUCUACCUUCUCUUCACUUACUUCACCAACCCCGAAUCAAUCACUCCACUCGAGACCGUUCUCAUUGCUGAUAACGACAUUAUCCGAUCUUCUUCCUUCAAGAUCAAGAAGAGAAAGUACAACUGA